GUGAAUGAUCUUAUCAGGUGAGUGCAUAUCGCAUAUAAAUAAAUAGUUGUUAUUUUAUUCGUAGUUUAUUUUAUUUUAUAUCAUUUAAUAGAUUAAUAUGUCGAAAUCAAGGUUAUUAUUUUCUCAUUAUUCAGAUGAUGACGAUGAUGAAUUCACUUUGAAUCCUAUUCAUGAACCACUCCAUCAUUCCUAUUUUAAUACUAAUCAUAAUGCUAGUUCACAAGCUGAGGAUGAAAAUAGCGACGAUGAUGAAGAGAAUAGACUAGAGGCACCGCCAUCACUGAUAAUAGAACAGACUCAAACAACGACAAAACCUAUUUCAACAAGAGAGCAUGUUACUGUAUAUGAUAGAACAAUGUGGAGAUGGGCUAAUGUUGAAAAUAUGGAUGACUUUUUUCAAAGAGUAUAUGAAUACUAUCAAGGAAAGGGAAUUUAUUGUAUAUUAUUAGCUAGAUUUUUAAACUUGUUGACCUUGGCUUUUAUCAUUCUAUUUUCAACGUUUCUCAUCGGCUGCAUAAAUUACUCCGAUAUUACGUCUCAUCAUACAUUAGGGGAAGUAAUUGAACCUCAAUGCUUAUCAAAAUUAUCGUCUACAAAAGUCUUGUUCAUUUCAAUCUUCAUUAUUUGGUGGAUAUGGCAAGCUAUUCGAUUUAUAACAGAUUUACCUAUGCUUCGAGAAAUGCAUAAUUUUUAUAUUCAUUUACUACUUAUUCCAGAUGAGGACAUGCAAACAGUUUCAUGGCAGACAGUUUUAGAAAGAAUUAUUCAUAUACGUGAAAGUAAUCCAAAUACAAAUGAUAUUCGUUUAACAGAACAUGAUGUUGCAAGUAGAAUUAUGCGAAAAGAAAAUUAUCUCAUUGCUUUAUUCAACAAGGAUAUAUUAGAUAUUCAAAUCCCUUUACCUUAUUUACGUAAUCGAUCUAUAUUAACUAAAGAUCUUGAAUGGAAUCUUUCUUUUUGCUUAUUAGGAUUCAUAUUUGAUAAUCGAGGUCAAGUAAGGAAAAGAUGUCUAAAGGAACGAAAUAAAUCUUUCCUAGUAGCUAGCUUAAAGAGAAGGUUCAUCUUUAUGGGUUUAUUAAAUCUUGCUUUAUCUCCUUUUAUCUUUGUUUAUCUUCUCUUGCAUUUCUUUUUUCGAUAUUUUGAAGAAUAUCAUAAAAAUCCUAGUGAGAUUGGUUCAAGAGCGUAUACUCCUUUUGCAAAAUGGAAGUUUCGUGAAUUCAAUGAAUUACCUCAUUUAUUCCGUAAUCGUAUAAGCCAAAGUUAUGAGCAUGCCAAUCUCUAUAUCAAUCAAUUUCCAAAAGAAAAGACACUCUUAUUAGCCAGAUUUAUAUCUUUUUUAGCUGGUUCAAUAGCUGGUGUUUUGGCUUUGUUAUCUUUAAUUGACUCUGAAGCACUGUUGAAUUUCGAAAUUACACCUAAUGGUACUGUUUUGUUUUAUUUAGGUUUAACAGGUACUUUAUUUGCUAUUACACGUAAUAUGAUUCCAGAUGAAAACCAAGUAUUUGAACCUGAAAAUGUGUUAAGAAAAGUAAUUGAACAUACGCAUCAUUUACCUCCAGAAUGGAAACAUAAAUUACAUACUGACCAAGUUCGUGCUGAAUUUUGUAAAUUAUUUGAUUAUAAAGUGAAUUUAUUCUUUCAAGAAUUGUUAAGUGUCAUCUUUGCACCUCUUGUCUUGUGCUUAUCAUUACCAAAGAGUGCAGAUCAAAUUGUUGACUUUUUUAGAGAAUUUACAGUUCAUGUGAACGAAUUAGGCUAUGUAUGUAGUUUUGCUCAAUUUGAUUUUACACGACAUGGUAAUGUUAAAUAUGGUGUUCAAGAUGCUAUGAUAGAAAAUGACUAUUAUUUAAGCAAACAAGGAAAGAUGGAAAAGAGUUUUCUUAAUUUCAAGGCAAACAAUCCUAAAUGGAUACCUAACGAUCUAUCUGGUUCAAUGUAUCUAUCAAGAUUAACAGAAAUCACAAAUCAAAAAGAAACAGACUCGAGUGACGAAAGGAGAGUUCAAUUCAGUCAAAAAGGACGCCAUCCUGCAGAACCUAUUCAAUUAAAUCAGUAUGGUAUUCCAAGUAACUUGGGCGAAUCUUUUGUCCAAAGUCAACCAUGGAAAUAUCAUGUUGAGGAUAGAAGAAACGAAGAAGAAGAAGAAGAAAACGAAGGGAGAAGAAAUAAAGGCGUAGUUGGUUUAUUAAAUCAAUUUUACGAUUUAAAUAAUAAUCCUACAAUUUAACAUUGGAUUUUAUAUAAUAAAAGUAUUCAAUGCUUGUAAAACAAAUACAGAGAAAAAUAGACAGUGAGAAAGAGAGAAAUAGACAGCGGGAAAUAGACAGAAACUUGCUUCUAUUCACACUCAUAAAAUGUUAUUAUUUCUUAUAUAAUAAAUCACAUUAUUCGUUUGUUUAUUUACUUGCAAAAGAGUCUGUGUUUAUUUAAAAAAUUACUGUUAAAAAAGAAAAAAAAGGAAAAUAAACAGACCUAAAUCGCAUAGUUUCUUUCUUUCUUUAAAGUAGACAAAGUAACUUAUUCAAGGGAAAAUAAGAAAAGAGUUGAC